CUGGCAGGGCCCAGAGAGAGGGAAAGGGCUCCACAAACCGGCUGGCUGUUUGCAGCGCUCCUCUUUCCACUUCAGGGUUUGACCUCUUGACUGGGUAAGGCAACCGAAGCCUUCCCCCUCGACCUGACCACCUGUUUCCUGCUUUCCAUUACAGAGCUCUGUCUGCAUCCAGCUGCUUGCUCCCUUCUGACCGGGUCCUGCCACAGUGACAGCAUGGCGGCUGCAAGAGCUGAAGCAAAGGAACAUGAAAACUCUCACAACAACUGCCUCAUCCGACUUGCAAAUCCACAUGUAGCAGCAAUGAAGGAAGAUAUUCUCUAUCAUUUCAAUCUCAGCACUAGCACUUGUGAUUUCCCAGCUAAGUUUGGAGAUGUGAAGUUUGUGUGUGUUGGUGGGAGCCCCACCCGGAUGAAGAAAUUUAUCAGAUACAUUGCCGUAGAGCUGGGCCUUGACCAUCCAGGAGAAGAGUACCCCAAUAUCUGUGUAGGCACUGAUCGCUUCGCCAUGUACAAAGUUGGACCCGUGCUGUCUGUGAGUCACGGGAUGGGUGUUCCUUCCAUUGCAAUCAUGUUGCAUGAGCUCAUCAAGUUGCUGUACCAUGCCAAGUGUUCCAACGUCAGCGUCAUCCGUAUCGGCACUUCUGGUGGAAUAGGUCUGGAGCCUGGCUCGGUGGUCAUCACCCAGCAGGCAGUGGAUGCCUGCUUCAAGCCAGAGUUUGAGCAGAUUGUCCUGGGGAAGCGGGUUGUUCGAAACACGGACAUGGAUGAGCAGUUGGUGCAGGAAUUGAUGCAGUGUUCUGCAGACCUGAAGGAAUUCCCCACAGUGGUGGGGAAAACCAUAUGUUCCUUGGACUUCUAUGAGGGGCAAGGCCGUCUGGACGGUGCCAUCUGUUUCUAUACGGAGAAGGACAAGCAGGCCUAUCUACAAGCGGCCCAGGCUGCAGGCGUCCGGAACAUCGAGAUGGAAUCUUCAGUUUUUGCCUCCAUGUGCAGAACAUGUGGUCUCCGAGCGGCUGUGGUGUGUGUCACCUAUCUGGACCGCCUGAAAGGGGACCAGAUCACCAGCCCCCACGAGGUGCUUGCUGAGUACGAGCAGAGGCCACAGAGACUGGUGAGCCACUUCAUCAAGAAAAGUCUGGGAAAGGUCUAAGGUCCUUCCCUUCCCCUCGAAGCACAAGCUCCUGCAAUUAUUGGACAAUAAAACCAUUGUCCAAAAUCCUCUUCUAACUUGGAGUACGCUUUACAUAAGGAUUAGGGAAUUGGACUGCAAUUAGGAGGUAAGGAAUCAUGGAUUAACUACACACAGAUUUUAUUAAAAUUUUGUAACAGCAUUUUUAAAGAUGUUUUCCUGCUUUGGAGUUUCCCCCCACCCCCAUUCUCAUGAAUGUUUGAGUUCUUUCUGGGGAAAAUUUUUAGACUUGUUAAAGUUUUUUUAUAAUUGUAGAUGGACAGAAUGUCUUUAUUUCAUUUGUUAUUUUUUAUGUGGUGCUGAAGAUUGAACCCCAUGCCUCCCGCAUGCUAGGCAAGUGCUUUGCCACUGAGCUACAGCUACAGCCCCUCUGACGUAUUUUUAAACUUCAGUUCAGUUGUCUCUUUAUACCUCAUACCAAAAUCCAUGGAUGCUCAAGUGCCUUAUAUAAAAUGGUGUAGCAUUUGCCUAUAACCUGCGCAAACCUUCCAUAUACUUUAAAUCAUCUCUAGGUUACUUACAUUUACUACAAUAUAAAUGCUAUGUAAAAGUUAUAUUGUGUUGCUUAGGAAGUAAUACUAGAAAAGCAUUUUCAUUACAAUUUUUUUUCCUGAAUUAUUUUCAGUUCUUUGUUGGUUGAAUCCUGGGGUACAGAAGCAGGGAUAUGGGGGAUUGACUGCUCACCACUUGUAAGGAUAGACUACUGAAAACCAAAGAGCAGGUGCAAGGGGUUGAGAAAUAAAUGCAUAUAUACAUGUGUACAGAUGAAGUUUCCAAGUUCUAUUUAGGCAGAUUUCUGGAAGCUUCUACAUUGGCCUGGGCUGUGUCUGCUCCAGUGAAGGCUGAUGCCCUCAACUUCCUACCCCCAGCACAAGCUCAGGAGCUAGAUUUACAUCCUUUGUUCUUAGGCCACCCUCAUGUGCUCCCCUGUCUUCCAAUUCCUAAGUGCCCCCAGAUUUCAACUUGAUAUCACAAUGCCCUUUGGGUGCAGAACAAUGUGGCCAGAAAACCAGGUAAUGUCCAUGUGGUGGCCCCCUGCAGUCUCAAAUCACACUGACCCAUUCUACUAUGUAGCUCCUGCCACCUGCUGUCUGGGCUAGAUUCCAGUGUCCUAUAGAUGGCCCUUAUUCCUUUGUAUUUCACCAGCCACCCUGGGCUGGGCUGAGGAUGCAGAUGGGGUAGAAAUACCCCAAUACUUAGGGGACCUGCAGGCUAGUCUUUUCACACCUCAGUCCAUGCAGGUGUAGCCAGAGGUCCCCUUGCCCACCUUCCACCACUUCCUGAGAGACUAUCUUUGAUAAAGCAGAAAAAAAAAUCUAAAAAAACAA